GAAAGAACAAAAAUUAUUAUUUGCUCGUCAUUUACUAAUCUAUUAUCACCAAAGAUUGGAAGGACCGAAUUUAACACAAGUAAUUAAAUGACCCACAACACAAUUGUCCAAACAUAAAUGUACUAUAGGAGUAUUAAACAAUCUAACUUUAUCCAACCCCCACCUCUUCUCCACCCCUUUACUACUACACCCCCACCACCAAUCCAUCAAAAAAAAAAAAAAGCACUCCAACAAACAAUACCACACUUCACUUCUCUCCUCUUCAAUCCAAAAAAAUAUUCUCACUUUUCCCAUUAAACAAAACACACACACACACAUUUCCCUAAACACAUUCUUCACUUCAUUCCCCAAAGCCAUGUUCCAAGGUAACAUAUUCUUGCUCACUUUCCUCUUCCUCACAUUCCACCCCCUGCCCGUACCCGCCCUCCCCAUCCUACCCGACCCGGACCCGGCCUCCGUCCAGACCCAAACCCUCCACCGCCCCCCGCCGGCCACCAUCCCCGCCUUCCCGGAGCAAUCCGAGGCCUCCGGCUGCCCCCUCAACCUCCCCGACCAGCUCUUCCGCGACAUCAAAUCCGCCUGCGGCGCCCGCCCCCACCACCGCCCCGACCCGAGCUCCUACUCGGGUCAGCUCCACCGCAGCCGCUGCUGCCCCGUCCUCGCCGCCUGGCUCUACUCCGCCUACUCCGACACCGCAUUGCGCCCCACCGCCGCCAAAUCCCCGCCCCAGACGGCGUCGUACGAGAUGCCCGUGCUGCCCGACGACUCUGAGACGUGCGUCGAUUCAUUGGAGAAGGCGCUCGGCGGCAGAGACAUCGAGCUCCGCCGACCCAACGACACGUGCGACGUCGUUUACUGCUACUGCGGCAUCAGAUUGCACCCUUUCAGCUGCUCUGAGGCGUUUCGGGUCAAUUCCCGCGGGAAAUUGGUCGGCGGGGAGGCGGUGGAGAAGCUAGAGAGGGAUUGCUCCGCUGCCGGCGGCGGCGGCCUCGGCGGUUGCUCAAAGUGUCUCGACAGCCUUUAUUUGCUCAACGGGGAAAGAGACAGAAGAAGCAACAGAACAGAGCGGACGAACAAGAUGCACAACCAGGACUGCGAGCUCAUGGGCCUCACUUGGCUUCUCAACAAAGACCGAGCUGCGUACAUACACACCGUAUCCGCAGUUCUAAGGGCUCUCAUGAUGAACACAGACGAGGCUUCCGAUCCAACUCUAUGCAGCCUCAACAGUGAUGGAAUGCCGCUUGCAGUCGACUCCUCUGAAAUCAAUGAUCAAUCUUCGUCAACUUUUUUGGAAGUAAGCAUACUACCACUCUGUUUGCUAUACAUGAGCAUCAUUUUCUCUGUGAUUCAGUAUUAGUAGCAGCCUUCAUUUUGUGAUGCAACUUUCCCACUCUAUUCGUUGUCGUAGUGCUGUGUUCGUUUUAGUUUAGCGUAUUUGCAUUUGCGUUUUUUGAGUACUGAUCUGUAUAUAAGACCAUUGGAUUAAGAAUCUCUUGCUAAGCUGCCAUGGAAGCAACUACAUGAGAUAUGUAUGAUUUAAUUUAAGAUUACUCUUAAAUUAUAGUCCAAGAACUUUAACUUCA